UUAACUCUUCAAAUUAAGAUUACUCCUUCAAAUCUAGGCUCAGUGUUAUUUAUAAGGAGGAUUUCCAGAUCAGCUUGGAUAGAAGCCCCAGUCUUGCUCUCUGAUUACAUCAUUUAGCUUUAAAAUGUCAGCUCUUAUACUAGCUAAGACCAGGAUUAAGCUGUUUUAUCUAACUUACUAUUUGCUCUGUUGCUUCUUCUAGAGACUAUCAUGCCUAUUCAUUGCAACAAUAGCCGAUCUAAAUCGUACGUUAUAUAGAUUAAGAGUGGCAAAACCGAAUUAAGAACCCGAUGGGAAAGCUAGACACUGUUUUCGAGCUUAUCAACUCUUAGCUAUAAGCAUACCUGGAGAGCCUCUUAAUGAUUUUGGCUAACCUCAAUGAACGCUCUCUGAUGAGAAAGAAGAGCAGCAUGAAAAGAUUAGCAGUGCAAAGCUACAUGGUUAUGCUUACAAGUUUUGUGAGAGCAUUGUUGAAAAUUUUGAGUGAAUCUUAAGGGUUAUUCUUAAAGCCUACUCCAUUUGGUAUUAAAGAAUUAAUUUAUUAAUGGGUGGUUUGCCUAGCUUCAUCUAGAAAUAUCAUUAUUAAACCGGCCAAACUUCUAGUGACAUUAAUCAAAUGGUUAUCAACAAGCCUGAAUAGGGUAAAUCCACCAAACUGCGAUUGCAUUAUUUCUAAAGGCAGCUUCCUCCCAGCUGGAGAGAAGCAUUUCUGGACAUUUUUUGCAUCCACCAUACCCAAAGACAAUAUUUUAACAGAUUUUCUAUAAUAUCAGUAUUUUGGCAAAAUCUCUAUCCAAAAACCACGACUAGGACAAAUGGAAGCUGACAGUGAAUGCUGGAGCUUCCCUAGGAGCUCUACAGAGUUCUAAACUGCAAAAAUUGACAAUGAC